AUGCGCCUUCCACUUUCACUUCGGUUCACCAGAAAGUACAACGUAGCCAUCGUUGGCACAGGCCCAGCUGGCUUUUACACAGCUCACCAUUUGCUACAGAAAAGUACAAGUCCGCUUAAAAUAGACUUUUUCGACCGUUUGCCCGCACCAUAUGGGCUUUCGAGAUAUGGCGUGGCGCCCGAUCAUCCUGAGGUGAAGAAAUGUGAAGAGUACUUGGACAGAAUCAUGGAUGAGCACAGCGAGAAUGUACGGUUUUUUGGCAAUGUCAAUGUUGGUCAAGAUGUCUCGUUGGCCCAAUUGGAGAAACACUACCAUUCGGUGGUUUUAGCGUACGGAUGUACUGCCGCUGACAAGAGUCUCAGCAUUGAAGGCUCGUCUUUACCAGGCGUGGUACCGGCGCGGAAAAUUGUUAAUUGGUACAAUGGGCAUCCGGACUCUGUUUCGGCAGAGAUCCCCCCGUGGGAGAAAAUCGAAAAUGUCACCAUCAUAGGAAACGGAAACGUUGCAAUUGAUGUUGCGCGUGUUUUACUUGCUGGUCCUCGCCACUGGGCGCCAACAGACAUGCUGACACGGGCGGUGGAGCAGCUUGAGCGGAGUGCAGUGAAGAAAGUCAAUAUAGUGGCUCGUCGUGGCUUAUUGCACUCUGCAUUCACAAAUAAGGAGAUGCGCGAGCUCUUGCAACUCCCGGAGCUGCAUUUUCUUCCCAUUGCCGAUUCUGUGAUGGAGCCAAUACGGCCCUUGGUGAAAACAUUAGGACGUGUGGACAAGCGCAAGUUUACAAUGCUAGAAAAGGCGUGUGGUGCGCCUCCCCCACCAGAAGCUAAAAAUUCAUGGGCCCUUGAGUUCUUUCAGUCUCCAAGGCAAUUUGUGGCCGCACAAGAUCCUCAACUUCUCUCGGAAACUGUUUUUGAGGAAAACGAACAAGACGGGGCAGGGGUGCGUCCUACAGGCCGUCUUCGGCGCCUCAAAAACGAUUUGGCAGUGUUAUCUAUAGGCUAUUCCGGGAGAGGCUUGCCCGGCUUCGAAGAGUGCGGGCUCGUUUUCGACGAGAAGAAGAACUGUGCUCUGCAUAUCGGAGGACGCAUGUUAAGUCCACAGGGAGAGAUUGUACCUGGGUGGUAUGCAGCCGGAUGGCUACGCAGCGGACCUCGUGGUGUGAUUGCAUCUACAAUGAUGGAGGCGUUCGACACAGCAGAAAAAGUUCUACUGGAUCUCGAUCUGAGAGGCAUGUCGGAAGACAAAGAGGACAUCAAGCCUCUUUUGCCUGAAGUCGUUGAGUGGGAUGGAUGGACGAGAGUGGACAAGUAUGAGUUGGAAGAGGGCGCACGAUUGGGCAAAAGUCGAAGCAAGGUAGAGAGCGCCGAAGAAAUGGUGCGUUUAGCCCGCUCUUAA